CUUGCCGCCUCACGGCGCGCGAGAGUGCCAAGGCCCAACUCUGGCACCCAGGGAUCUCGGCGUGGCUUGUGUUUUGGUUUGUGUUCUCGGACGAAGCGAGAUUUCCCGCCAGCUGCCUGGAGGCCGCAUCGUGUACUACGCAUUUUUCUUUUUACUUCUUCUCCGCGCAUACCUCCUCACAAGCCGAUUGAAGCCGCAAAAUGGAACAGACGGAGACGACCAGGAAACAAAAGGUGUUAGCAUGGAUGAAGAGGCACCUGCAGCUCAGCCUGAGCAUCGUGGGCAUUAUCUUGGGCCUCAUCGUCGGCUACUCGGUGGCGGCCGCCGAGCCGAACGAGGACAUCACCACUCUCCUCUCGGUGCCCGGCGAAAUACUUCUGAGGAUGUACAAGAUGCUCACGCUGCCGCUAGUCUUCUCAUCCGUUGUUGCAGCUCUGACGCGUGUAAGGCCCGGCACAGUGGGGAGGAUGAUGACCCGGAUGAUCGCCUACUACGUAGCCAGCACGAUGUUGGCUGCUUUCGUCGGCAUCCUUGUGGUCGCCUUGUUUAACCCCGGCAAGCAGAUCCUGGAGACCGACGUCAGCAAGAUUGGCGUGUCUGGUCUCGACACGUUCCUGGACUUUUUCAGGAACAUGUUUCCGGAGAACAUCGUUCAAGCCUGCUUCCAACUGCACCGAACAGUUCGCAUCGCCCAGCCGCCCCGCUUUGUCCCACUGGGUGUUAAUGCAAGCGAGCUCGAGCCGGACAUCAUCAGAAAACUGCAGUACUCCGAUGGCCUCAACAUCUUUGGAAUCAUCGUUUUCUGCUCCGCGUUCGGCUUAUUCGCCGGCUUCAUGGGCGAAACGACCGUCAUCAUGGUGGACUUCUUUUCCGUGCUGAACGUACUCACCAUGAAGCUGGCUUACCUGGUAAUGUGGUACUUCCCUAUUGGCGUGGUCUUCCUUCUCAGCGCCUCCAUCGGUCGUGGCGAUGAUCUGGGAGAGCAGGCCAUUAACGUCGGCGCAUACAUAGGCACCGUCAUGACGGGCCUGGCCAUCCACUCGCUCAUCGUGCUUCCCCUCAUAUACUACUCCUUCGUUCGGAAGAACCCGCUCGUGUUUGCCAAGAACCUGCUCCACGCAUUUGUCACAGCUUUCGGCACAUCGGACAGCGUGGCGACGCUUCCCGUGACGUUCAUGUGCCUCGAGCAGAACAACAAGCUCGACCGGCGCGUCACGAGGUUCGUGGCGCCCAUCGCUUCGGCCUUCAACCUCGACGGCACCGCCCUCUAUGCCGCCAUCGGAACCAUAUUCAUCGCCAACCUAAGUGGCAUCGAGUUGGACUUCGCGCACUACUUGGCCAUAACCGUCGCAGCUGCCCUGACUAGCUUCGCGAACCGAGGGAUACCCAACGCAGGAGUGAUCACGAUGAUCCUUGUGCUGAAAGCUGGCGGCAUCGGCCCGUCUCACAUCGGGCUUCUGUUGGCCGUCGACUGGAUCAUGAACCGCUGCCGCACCUGCGUUAACGUCUUCAGCCAGUCCAUAGCGGUCGCCAUAGUUCAUCACUCUGUAGAGAUGGAGUUGAAGAGGAACCAGAACGCCCUGGAGCACUGGCCCGUUGACGAACUUACCCUGGAGAGGAAGAAGUACACGACUCAACGCUAAAUACUGUACGCAUUGCGGAGCACGCGAAUAACUUGCCAUAUAUGUACGGACGGGUCCACCUUUAAGAUACUCGCGUGCGGGAUACGUACAGUCACGCGUAUUGUGAACCUUAUCGCACGAGCGUCGACACUGGUAACGUCCCGGAGACCCAUAGCGGCACGUUUCGGCAGUGCGAAAAUUGAGAUUGUGCGUUUUUUUUUCUCUCCCUCGUUCGCUGCCCCAUGCCAAAACGAGCAACCCUACAACGAAGUCUGCAACCUUUCUCUCUAUUUUGAGCCUGCGUUUCGCUGCGAUCAAAGUGUAUUUUUCGUGGGGCGUUAUCUCCGCAGAUGAUUACAGACGGGAGUGAUCACAGCCCUAAGAACGAGCGAAAGGUGUGAGUGAAAUAUACUCCUGUAGAACUUGCUGUUAGGCUAGUUGGUGCAUGUCUGCAUUAAAUAGUAUAUUUCCCGUCUUG